AUGUCAAAGAAGGGCACGUCGUCCGCUCGCGCCAGCGUCUCUGCCAUAACGCGCAUAGCAGACGUGCCUAUCCAGUGCCUUUCCUCGUGUUCGGUACUGGAGGCCGCGCGUCUGAUGAACGAAGGCCGCAACCACUGUAUUAUCGUCAAUGAUCCCACCACAGGCAAGUUAUGUGGGCUGGUCACCGCCAAAGACCUGGCGUUUCGCGUGGUCGCUGAGCAUGCCGCGUCCAGCACUCUGGUGCGCGAGAUAAUGACGCCGAAUCCGUUCAUAAUGUCGUUCCGGGCAAGUGCGAAUGAGGCACUUCGGCUUAUGGUUACCAACAAGAUACGGCAUUUGCCUCUUGUUGACCAAACCGGGAGCGUUGUGGGCGUUCUGAACAUCACAAAGUGUUUCUAUCAUGCCAUGAUACGGCUUGAGAAGAUGGCCAGCGAGGCCAAGAAGCUGGAGACUACAUUUAACGAGCUAAGAGAGGCAUCACUCGAGCUGGACUCGAAUGCCAGCGAGUUUAGCAAGUACUCAUUUAUCCAGCGCACAGAGGCCGAAGCAGACCCACAGGAACCGUCCGAUGCGUUUACGAGCAACGAAAACCUGAUGGAUCUGGGUAUCAUACGCAGGAAGCAGAAGAUUGUGAAGGAACUUAAGACGCUGAUCGAAGCGAUGACCCAGCCGAACCUGAAGACUGUGAUUCACGACCGCGACCUGGACAUUUCUGCACCCCUCAUGAUCGACACCAAAAGCAGCGUUCUGGACGCUGUCAGACUUUUGAAAGAACACAAUGUCACUGCAGUUCUUGUUUGCGAGUCAAAAACAGGCUCCGCCCACUGCGACCACGUGAUUGGCAUUCUGACAAGUAAAGACGUUGCAUUCCGUGUGUUGGCAAGCAACAGCGACCCAAAAACCAUCAGUGUUGCGCGGGUGAUGACUCCCAAACCUAAUUUUGCCGAGGAAACGCUCCAGAUCCACACUGCUCUGCGUCUGAUGUUCGAGGGCAAGUUCCUGAAUCUGCCAAUCAAAGACUCGAGCGGAUACGUGACCGGAAUUGUCAGCGUGUUGCAGUUGACGUAUAUUUUGCUCAAAACACUGGACGUUUCCACAGAGUCGUCUCAAAAUUUGCUCGAAACUGAUAACAACUCAAUGAACUCGUUUGAAGAUGGACCCGCCUGGAACCGGUUCUGGGGGUCUCUGGACCAGCCAUUGAGCACUAUAGAAAGCACAGAGAAGUCGUCCAGACGAAGCUCGUACCACAUCCCAAGAAAAGCUGCGCUGAGUAAUUCCAGCACAAACGACACUCCUCCGCCCAGCGUUCCGUACAUUGGGCCGGUGAGAAACAUCUCGUAUGACCGUGCAGGAGCUGUCGUGAACAGCUUUAGUGCCGCAUCUUCAGAAACUGCAGUCAACAACGUUGCAGUGUCUCCAGAAAUGUCGAACACAAUAGAGCCCAGCUUCAAGCUGAAGAUCAAGGAGAAGCUGGGACUUGGGUUGAACAACAAAAUAUACAAGAUCAGAGUCCCUCACAGCGAGGAGAAGUCCGCAACGGAGCUGUUCCACGGUGUGAAGUACAAAAUCUACCAGAAGGUCGACAUAGAUCGGUCCGUGUACCGAUUAGAGCUUAGCUACAUUGACGAAGACGGCGAUCUUAUCUCUGUUGAAAGAGACGAAGACUUUGAGAACGUGAUGGAGUCCAAACACGCGUAUCUCGUACUGGAGGUCAAGGAACGCUACGCAGAUCACGGACCAGACCUUGUCAGUUGGGCUCUCUGUGCCGGCUGUUUGGUGAUGGGGGUUUAUAUAGUGCGCAAGCUGUGUUUCGCACGACCUUCUAUUUAA